CUCUAUGUCUGACAGGACGAGGCUACUGUGGGCCCUGAUGGGGGCCAUGGUCCUGGUCCUGGUGGUGGGCCCCUUGCCCGCCCUCUCUGCCCCUCCAGGAGAGCCUGAUGGAGAAGUGUUCGACCUUGAGAACUACGACCUGACCAGUGAGGUGGACUGGGAGAACCUGGACUCCAACAACUAUGGAGACAGCUAUGACUAUGAAGACUUGGACCAGGAGAUUGAGGUGGGCCCCAUAGUCCCUGACACCGAUGCCCCACCCCCCCAGCCCACACCUGAGGAGCAGGAAGAGGAAGUGACUCCGCCUACCCAGCCUUCCCUCCCCACCCACCCUCCCACCCCUGUCACUCUGGAUUUUAAUGGACCGGGUCUGUUUGGACCUGAGACUGGUCUUGGUAUGCCCACCUGUCUGCUGUGUGUGUGUAUCAGUGGGAGUGUGUACUGUGACGACACGGGUCUGGACCAGAUCCCCCCCCUCCCCAAAGAAACGACCCGCUUUUAUGGGCGUUUCAACAGAAUCCGACACGUGAAGAACACGGACUUUAUGAACCUGAAGCGUCUGCAGUCCAUCGACCUGUCGAACACGAUC